CCUUAAAAUAAAACUACCGGGCAAACAGUAGGGAUCAGGAGGGGAAGAGAAGAACUACUAGAUUCUAACCACGAAAACCGGCCCUGCUUUCCAACCAACAUGUCGGAUCAAAGCCCCUUUGAAACAGAUAUGCUAACCCUGAACCGAUAUGUCAUGGAGAAAGGACGACGGGUGAAAGGGGCAACGGGAGAAUUGACCCAGCUUUUGAACUCAACGCUCACUGCCAUCAAGGCCAUCUCAUCAGCCGUCCGAAAGGCAGGUCUUGCUCAUAUGUAUGGAAUUGCAGGGAGUGUGAAUGUGACUGGGGACGAGCAGAAAAAACUGGAUGUGUUGUCCAAUUCUCUGGUUAUCAACAUGCUCCAGUCAUCCUACAGCACUUGCGUCCUGGUCUCUGAAGAGAAUAAAGAAGCAAUAAUCACUCCAAAAGAAAAGAGGGGUAAAUAUGUAGUGUGCUUUGAUCCACUAGAUGGCUCUUCCAAUAUAGACUGUUUAGCCUCAAUAGGAACAAUAUUUGCAAUUUACAAGAAGACCUCUGAAGAUGAGCCUUCUGAAAAGGAUGCCUUACAACCCGGACGCAACAUUGUGGCUGCAGGCUACGCUCUGUAUGGCAGUGCAACGCUGGUCGCCCUUUCAACAGGCCAAGGAGUGGACUGCUUUAUGUUAGAUCCGGCUCUUGGUGAAUUCAUUUUGGUGGAAAAAGAUGUGAAAAUCAAGAAGAAAGGAAAAAUCUAUAGUCUUAAUGAAGGUUAUGCAAAGUAUUUUGAUCCUGCUGUGACUGAGUAUUUACACAAGAAGAAAUUUCCUGAGGAAGGUACAUCUCCUUAUGGAGCCAGAUACGUGGGCUCCAUGGUGGCUGAUGUUCACCGUACUCUGGUGUAUGGUGGGAUAUUUUUAUAUCCAGCUAAUCAGAAAAGUCCCAAAGGAAAGCUGCGGCUCUUGUACGAAUGCAACCCCAUCGCUUUUAUCAUUGAACAGGCUGGAGGAAUAGCUACCACAGGGACAGAGGCAGUGCUGGAUGUAAAGCCAGAGUCUAUUCAUCAGAGAGUCCCUUUUGUUGUUGGUUCUCCUGAAGAUGUUCAAGAAUAUCUUGCAUUUGUACAGAAACACCAGAAAAGCAGUUAGUGGUCCUCUAAAGUGCUCCAUCAAUUUGCUUUC